AUGCUGCACGUCGUGCUUGCACUGCUAAGUCUUCUUCAGGGCGUCCACGCCACGUGCUGCGCCACGUGCUUGGCGCAGCCUCUCGUCGCGGCCGUCGACGCGGUCAACUGGACUGCCUGCUCGGCGGCGCAGCAGGUCUGCUGCUUUGACUGCGCGCCGUCGGAUUUUGGGACGCCGACGUACGUGACGACCGCCGUGACGUUCGAGAGCGACGGCGCGCGCGUGCCCAGCGGCGAGUACCUCCAGCUCUCGUGGCCCGGCGCGGUCGCCGUCAAGUACCUCAUGCUGCGGAAGGGCCAGCCCAAGACGGCGCAGGUGACCAACACGAGCAGCGCAGCGACGUUCGCGACGGGCUACUUUGGCCUGUGUCCGCUCUUCGAAGGCAGCAUCUACCUCCGCGCCUUCGACGCCUCGGGCUGCUCGGCCUCGCUCGAGAUGGCCGUGACCGUGACGCCAGGCAGUGGCUCGUGCGCGAAUGCGAUCCCGACUGCGCCCCCGACGGUGACAAGCGUCCCGUGCGACCCCGUUCGCGGCGCCGUCACAAACGGCACGUGCAGCUGCCUCCAAGACUUCACGGGCCCGCCCGCAUGCCUCGAGAACUCACCGUGGAAGCAAUGGGGCCAGAUCCUCACCUACUGCGCCGGCGGGGCGUCGUUCAUCACGGCCGUUUUCGGCUUUUACCGCCUCUGGAAACAGCGGCAGUUGCACCAGCACGAGGCCGCCGUCAUGGACCAGUCGCCGGCGAGCAGCGACGCGUCGCCACUGGACAAGGCCAAGGAGCAGCAUCGGUCGAUCGAGACGCCGCUGUGCGGGCCGACGCUGCUCCCGUUGCAGAGCAAGACGGUGCGCGACGACAGCAGGGCGAGCAGCGACGGCUCGUCCAUCUCGGAGAUCUACGUGGCCGGCGACUUGCGGUUCCACCGCGGGAUGGACAGCCCCGAGCGCAACUCGCGCGAGUUCUCCUUGUAGCCGAGUAGCUGAGUGUGGUUGAGCAAAAGAGACAGCAAACUAAUAGGAGUGUAUUUAACCGAGCGUGAUGCCGAAGCCAAACUUGUGGGCGUCGCCGUCAAAGUUCUUGGCGUC